GUAACAAGUCUCCCUUCCCUCACCAGAACUCGCUCACCUCCUCGUCUCCCACAUCUUCUGGGAAAACCACACUCCUCUUUCCUGGAAGCUUCUCGAAAAAGCUAUAACCGUCAGCAUCGUCCCUCCUCUACUUGUUCUCGCCCUUCUCUCCCACAAGGUAGUCCCUAACAGAAAGCAUCAUCCCGCAGCCUAUAGGCUCUAUUUGGAACUCGUAAAGAGACAUGCAUUCUCCCUCUUGCCUCAAAUUAGAGGAUCAGGAUAUCACAGGACAAUGAAUUCCAUCGAUGAUAUCCUCCAUCUUUCUGAAAUCUUUGGUUUACCAAAUCAAGAACCGGGAUGUAUUCUCCUUGCUUUUGUCUUCUCCAUUGUCUGGCAACUAGUUGAUGCUUCCCUAGACGAUGAAGGGCUUUUAGAACUAACUUCUAAUAAGAGCUCUAAUUGGCCCCACGACAUGGAAAUUGAACACUGAAAUGGCUAUCACCCUUAUCCAAUUUCUUUUGCAGAAUGAAGUAACUUCGAGGAUUCUUCACCUGGCUAGUCAAAACAUGCCAACCCAUUGGGAAGAUUUCAGUCAGCGUUUCAGAGUGCUGACAACCAAAUCAUUGCUAGUGAGGAACUCGAAACAUAUCAAUCCAGAAGCCCUUACAUACUUGGCGUCUCAUACAAGUAAAUUCCUGGAAAGGGAGAGCAAGACAAUCCCCCGAGGAGAAUUCCAUGCGCUUCUUUCCUCUGGUUCUAUCUUAGCAUUGACUAGUCAGCAUCAUGGGACUAGCGGUUCUGCACUCUGGCUGCCCAUUGAUCUUUUCUUCGAAGACAUAAUGGAUGGAACACAAGCUGCAGCGGCCAGCGCUGUCGAAAAUCUAACUGGUCUUGUAAAAGCACUGCAGGCAGUUAAUAGUACAACAUGGCAUGAUGCCUUUCUUGCUCUAUGGCUAGCAGCCUUACGCCUUGUGCAAAGGGAAAGAGAUCCAAUCGAGGGUCCUGUGCCCCGCACCGACACUUUUCUUUGUGUAUUGCUAUCCGUCACUCCACUUGCUGUUGCCAACAUCAUUGAAGAAGAAGAAAGUCAGUGGAUUGAUCAAAGUGCAUCUAGCCCAAGCAACCAGUGGAAAGAGAAAAAAGGAAAAUGCCGACAGGGAUUAGUCAAUAGCUUACAACAACUUGGUGAUUAUGAAAGCUUGCUGACACCACCCAUUUCGGUACAGUCGGUUGCUAAUCAAGCUGCUGCUAAAGCAGUUAUGUUCAUUUCCGGCAUUACAAAUGGUAGUGGAUCUUACGAAAAUACAAGCAUGAACGAAUCUGCAAGUGGCUGCUCUGGUAACAUGCGCCAUCUGGUAGUGGAAGCUUGUAUCUCCAGAAAUCUGUUGGACACAUCUGCAUAUCUCUGGCCGGGGUUCGUAAAUGGGGGAACCAAUCAAGUGCCUCAAGGUAUCGCCGGAAAUGUUUCUUGUUGGUCUCUAGUGAUGAAGGGUUCUUCUCUAACACCAUCAUUGACAAAUUCACUAAUCACAACUCCAGCUUCUAGCUUAGCAGAGAUCGAAAAGAUUUACGAGGUUGCAACUACUGGUUCAGAAGAUGAGAAGAUAGCUGCGGCUUCUAUUCUCUGUGGGGCAUCUCUAUUUCGGGGUUGGAGCAUACAGGAGCAUGUUAUCAUCUUCAUCGUAACUUUACUCUCGCCUCAGGCGCCAGCUAAUAUUUCUGGGAGUUAUAGCCAUCUUAUCAACUGUGCCCCAUUUCUUAACGUUCUUCUUGUAGGGAUAUCACCCGUAGAUUGUGUUCAGAUUUUCUCAUUGCACGGUGUGGUAGGUUUGUUGACUUUAACCUAUUUUCAUGUCCCUGUUAUGAGAUACUUUGAGAAAUAG